AUGCCCGCACACAGUCUCGACAGCCUCAUCAUUUCUCCUGCCGAUUUCGACCGAUAUAAUGGACAUCACAAAUUGGAAACCUUCGAACUUCCACGUUCUUCGAAGGAAGGGAAUGAUGAUUCUACUUCAACUAUUAUGACGACCCCUUGUAGUCGAUCAAUCAUUUCUCAAGAUAUCAUCCAAUGGCUCCGACAACCUGGAUGUCAUAAGAAAAAUCCAGACGACCCAAGUAUGAAGAUUUUAUUGAUACAAACCCACAACCAAUCAACAGUCAAGAAGAAUAGUCCUCCUUCGUUAUCUAUGACUCAACCUCAGAAGACAUUCGACCUUGGCCGACCUCAGACUACUGAACGAAAUGCUCAACUGGAAUUCAUCAAUGAUGUCUUUUCUGGAAUGGGCUUCCCUUUAGCGGCAUUUGGAGCUUAUAUAAAAGCACAUAUUACAUUCGUCUGUGUUCCUGCGACGUCGACAUCGAAAUUAUGCAAGACUGCAACUCAAACUACCGCUAAAACUUGUACGAAAUACUACUGUAGUGGUACGAGUUGGACGAUAACGUGGUCUCAUUGUCCUGCGUUGAAACAUACAGCCGCAGUAAUGUUUCACCGGGAAGGUGAUGGUGAUCAGCGAAGGGAAGAAGUACUCGCAGAUCUGAUAAGAUUACAAUCUCACCUUGCCCAUCCAAUGCUGCUGGGAUAUGUCAAGACGAAAGUCUCACUCCGCUUCACUUUCGAUAUGUUGGACGACAUGAAUCGAGAGACACUUGCACUUGAACAAGAAAUCGGAUUUCCCACUUGGAACUGGGUUCUUGAUAGAAUGAUUCCAGGAAGUGGAGUAGGAGAGACUCACGAUCAUGCCGUCGAAGGAUUCAAUGUCCUCGCUGGGAAGCUUACCAACAUCCGCUUCAGACUGAGAACAUUCCAACAACAAAUCAAGUUCAUUUCUAGAUGUAAUGCAAAAUACAGGCAAAGUCUCGAAGCAUCCUCGCCAUCUUCCACAAUUUCUUCUUCCCUAUCUCCAUUAUCCAAAGGUCAAAUCCACGACCCACUCCUCCGAGAAUGCGAAGAACUCGAUGCCUUUAUGGACGUGAUGUGGGACUACACAUUCGUGCACCUGUUCGACGCAGACUCACUGAGCGAACGAUUGCAUAACGCCAUGACGUCUGUCUUCCAACUAACCACGCAGCGCGACUCGCGCGCCAGCCUGGCAAUCGCCGACUUCAACAACGAACUCGCCCGGCAAGGCAAGAACACCAACACCUCAAUGAUGACCAUCGCAUUCGUGUCACUGCUCUUCCUCCCGGGCACAUUCGUCGCCUCGUUCUUCGACACUCCGAUCUUCAAUUUCCCCAUCCCUUCAUCCCCGGACAAAACCUCCCCACAGCCGAUCGUCGUCACGCAGCCUUUCUGGAUCUACUGGACCAUCAGCGGCAUGUUGACGCUGAUCCUCGGUGUCGGAUGGAUGAGCUAUCUGCGCCGGAGGAAGGCGUUGGAUAUGCGCGAGCGUGAAGGCGAGAGGAUCCGGUUCCGCGAGACGAUCGGGCGGAAGAACAAGAAUGGCCUUCCUCAGUUCUUUGACUCCUCGCCUACGUCUACUGUAUCAGAUCCGAAAUCAUUUCCAACGAGUUCUCCGCCGGACUAUCACACGUGGAAGUCUGGCUUCGAGCAGGCUCAGGUACAGGCUCCUCGAUAUAAUGUUCCGCAAGUCAUGGAUGGUGGUGGAGGUAGUGUUCAUGAGUCGUUCAAGCCAAGAUCCCCUCCCAGCAUGAGCGGCAUUUCACGGUCGGAUUCCUAUGGUCUGUAUGUCAGCCCUUCUAUGUGGUAUGGUGGUGGUCAGAUCACCAGGUAG